CCACAGGACUUCAACUGCGGAGGAGAGGGACAUGUAUUAUUAUGGAAUGUUUUACACUUCUUUUCUUUAAACAUGCCCAAAAAGAAGCCUUUCAGCAAUAAACAGAAGAAGAAGCAGCUUCUAGAAAAGCGUCAGAAAAAGAGAGGGGAAGCUCCCUCAAGAACAAAACAACAUGCAACAUCAGAACACAGUAAUAGUUCUGAAGGUGAAGAAGACAGUCUUCAGACUAUACAGCUACACAGUCAACCAGCAUCACAGAAAGGAUCAAGGGAUCCAAACAAAUUUCUGAAGGAGUCGAGAGCAGAAAUAGAGGAGAGGAAGCAGAAGGCUAGAGAGCCAAUAAUAUGGGUUGCUGAGAAUGAGCUGGAAAAAUCCAUUGAAGAAGUCUACAGGCCUGGAUCAGUUCUUGAUAUGCCAAAAAGGCCUCCUUGGGAUUACAGCAUGUCCAAAGAAAGAGUAGAAAAGAAUGAAGAAAUGAUGUUUCAACAGUACAUAGAAAAGAUUUAUGCAGAGCACGACCGCUCUGAUUUGAGUUAUUUUGAAUGCAGUCUUGAGACAUGGAGACAGCUUUGGAGAGUGCUGGAGGUUUCAGAUAUUGUUGUUAUUGUUGCUGAUGUCAGAUUUCCGGUCCUACAUUUCCCACCAGCUCUUUACAACUAUGUAGUUCAUGAUCUGAACAAGCAUGUAAUUUUAGCUCUGAAUAAGAUUGACUUGGUAAAUCCUGAACUGGUAGUAGCUUGGAAACACUACUUUAAAUCAAAGUAUGAUCAAGUCAGCAUUGUAUGCUUUACAUCCUUUCCCAAGGAUGAAAGUGAAAGAAAAAGUCACCAAGAAAAAGUCUUAAGAAAGACCAAGAGAAGAAAAAAGCGUGGUUUUGCUGUUGGUCCACAAGAGUUGCUUGAAGAGUGUUCAAAGAUCUGUAAAGAUAGAGUUGAAUUGAGCAGCUGGGAAGAGAAAAUAGCAAGUCAAAGCAGAGGAUCAGAAGAUGAUGAAUCACCAUAUUAUGAUCAUGACAACUUUUCUGAUGAUUCUGAAGAGGAAGAUGAUAGCCAUGCAAAAAGUGAAGAUAUUCUCAGGAAUGAAUCUAUACUAACUCUGGGUCUGGUUGGACAACCAAAUGUUGGAAAGUCUUCAUUAUUGAAUGGACUGGUUGGAAAAAAGGUUGUAAGUACUUCACGGACUCCAGGACACACUAAGCACUUCCAGACCAUAUUCCUAACUCCUACGGUUAGGCUGUGUGAUAGUCCUGGCUUGGUUUUUCCCUCUCUGAUUGAUAAACAGCUGCAGAUCCUUGCAGGCCUUUACCCUGUAUCUCAAGUCAAAGAGCCUUACACUUCAAUUGGUUACUUGGCGGCAAGAUGGCCAGUUAUUCAACAGUUACAGCUUAUUCAUCCCAUAGAUAAUGAGGCUUUGAAUGAUGAGGAAAAGAGACAUGCUGCAGGAAGAAAGGACCAUCCUUGGUCAGCAUGGGAUGUCUGUGAUGCCUGGGCAGAACAAAGAGGAUAUUUAACUGCCAAAGCUGGAAGAAAUGACACAUAUCGAGCUGCAAACAGUAUCCUCAGACUUGCUGUGGAAGGCAAAAUACCAUUUUACUUUUAUCCUCCUGGUUUCAUCACUAACAAAGAUAAAUGGUUACAACAUCCUGAAACCAAAGCUAUAUCUGAGCUGCAAGAGAAAUACUCUCAAAGCAAAAAACAAGAAGAGGAUAAUUUGCUACAAUCACAAAGUGAAGAUGAGGAAGAUGAUAAUGAAAAUGAAACUAAAUCAGAUGCAGUUGUUUCCAAUAAUCCUUUUGCCCUUCUUUCUAACGAAUGAAAUGAUAAUGAUGCUCAAGUUUAAUAUAAUUAUUGCAACUACAAACAUAGAGAUAAAUUAUUUCUAUUAAUAGUAAUAGGUGUUGCAAUGAAAUACUGUACAAAUGUUAACUAAAGAUUGUUGGUAUUGAUAAUAGGGCGUUCAUGGGCAAAAGAUCCUAGAGUGAAGUUGUUUAACCCGUGAAAUAGAUAUUUGAUUAAUACACUUUAGUAGACCCUAAUUCUAUUGUAACAUUAUACUAGAAGUAAAAUAAAAAUGAGGAUCCCUGACUUCGUUUAGCCAUCAGAAUAUGUGGAAGUUCACCCUUUUUAUGGUAAAAACAAGCAAACAAGGUAAAMAKGAAAARCUGUCAAAAAUAAGUCAUAUUUUAUUGAAAAAAUAAAUUUGUUGUCCCCAUUUCUCACAGAAGACUAGAAAAUAACCACCAAAUAACUAGUUAGCAUUUGAAAUUUGUGUUCAAAAUUAGCACAAUAAACUGUUAUUGUGCUAUAAGUGUGGACUUGAAACUUAUUCCAUUUAUACACAAAUAUGUAAUUUCGAUUUGAUCCCAUCGUCAGCUUUUUAAUUUUUUUUCUCUAAAGUUAGGUAUCAUAAAGUACUUUCAAAAACCGGAAUAAAAAAGGGGGGUGCCCGACUUUGUUUUAGACCUAUAAGAGAUUAAAGAUGUUUUUAUAAAAUUUUGCUUAUCAAAACAUUGGAAUGACGUCAUCACAAAGAGCGCGUGCUCACUAAAUUCAUGCGUAGAAAGGAUGCGCACGAACAAYGUGCAUGAACGUCAUUAAGUACAUGUAGUAAUUGCCAAGAACUGCAUUACAUGCUGCUUGAUGUGCUUGUUAAUCUUUCAGGAAACAAUAUAUUGUAUCUACUUUAGGGUUGCCGAAGACAAUAGCACAAUACUAUAAGUUUAUUAGUAUGCCCCAACAGGGGUUUUAAUUACUAAUUUACAAUCAAGAAAAAGAAGAAGAAAUAAGGACUAAUUACAAAAUUCAGUUAUCCUAAUAAUUCUAUAAUAUCCUAAAUMUAAUCCUAAUUAAAUCUAAUCCUAAUAAAAUGAGACCCUCAGCACUA